CUGAGUUGUAUUUUUUCUUGUAAGACGAGCUAAAGUCUAAAAAGACAGAAGAAGAAAAAGUCAAAAUAAUGCCUUCAAAAACCAAACACAAGAAACCUAGACUUUGCACUUUUCUCUUCUUCACCGUCCCCUUUAGCAUCCUAUCUCUCUUCCUCCUCCACACAUCCUCUUGCUCCUCUUCCACCGCCGCAUUCUCCUCCUCUUACACAUAUCAGCCACCGUGGUCUGGCGACCUCCAAACCGCCCAGUUUCCCUGGAACCGCCUUGCUUUCUCCUUAACCAGCCCUCCUCCCAAAACUCUAAAACUCGCUGUUUUUUCCCGUAAAUGGCCCAAUGGACCUAACCCGGGCGGUAUGGAACGCCACGCCCUCACUCUCUACACUGCUCUAGCCCGCCGUGGACACCGCGUCCACGUUUUCACCUCUCCCUUAGACCCUUCCCUUGAAACCAACAAAAUCAUAAACCCUACAAUACAUUCCCACGGAGGUUCAGAGCCCGGCAAAUGGCAAUACAGAAAAGCAUGGGAUCUUUACCAAGAAGAGAACCAGAAACAACCUUUUGACGUGGUCCACUCCGAGAGCGUGUCUUUACCGUACUGGAAGGCCCGGGAGGUUCCAAACCUAGCCGUAACAUGGCACGGCAUUGCGCUAGAGAGCUUACACUCGAGCCUUUACCAAGAUCUUAUCCGCAAACCAGGAGAACCAAGAUUACAAAGCUUCAACGCAAGCCUACACAGUGCCGUGCUUCCCAAGAUACUCGACGAAAUCAGAUUCUUCCACAACUACGCUCAUCAUAUAGCAAUCAGCGAUAGCUGCGGGGAAAUGCUAAGAGACGUUUACCAGAUUCCGGAGAAAAGGGUCCACGUGAUCCUCAACGGAGUCGAUGAAAAGGGAUUCAGUUCAGACAAGAAGCUACGUUCUCUGUUUAGGUCGAAACUUGGGCUACAAGAAAAGUCAUCGGCGAUUGUUUUAGGAGUCGCAGGGAGAUUGGUGAAAGAUAAAGGACAUCCGUUACUCUUCGAAGCUUUCUCAAAACUAAUCGAAACGCAUUCUAAUGUUCACCUCGUGGUGGCUGGAUCAGGUCCGUGGGAGCAACGUUACAAGAAACUUGGCGAUAAAGUUACCGUUUUGGGAUCCCUAAACCCAAAUGAGCUCAAGGGAUUUUACAAUGGAAUCGAUAUAUUCGUGAAUCCCACGCUAAGACCACAAGGGCUUGAUUUAACUCUGAUGGAAGCGAUGUUGAGUGGUAAACCAGUGAUGGCGUCGAGGUAUCCGAGCAUAAAGAGGAGUGUUGUGGUGAAUGACGAGUUUGGGUUUAUGUUUGCACCUAAUGUGGAGGCUCUGACGGCGGUUAUGGAAGCUGCGGUGGCCGAAGGAGCGGAGAGGUUGGCUGAGAGAGGGUGGAAGUGUAGAGAGUAUGCGGCGGAGAUGUUCACAGCGAGUAAGAUGGCUUUGGCUUAUGAGAGGCUGUUUCUUUGUAUUAAAGAUCAGAGGUUUUGUAUAUAUCCCUAA